AAACAAAAUCAAGAUAUCCUCUGAUGAAGGCAUCUCAACCUUGAGAUAAGUUAGAUUCCUUUGUUGAAACAUAUAUCUUUACACAAUACUUUCUUAUUAUUAAACCUAUAGUACUUACUCAUUAAGUUGAAAAAGGGUCUUUUCCCACUUUUCUCUAUCGCUUUCGUUACAAAAAAUGAACCCAAUGAUUGAUCCGGGAACUACUGAAUUUGCGAGUUUCAUGACAGCACAGAUCUUGAUGGUGAUGAGGAUUAAUCUUGACUGCAAUGCUUGUUGCAGAAAAAUGAGAAGAAUCCUUCUCAAAAUGAAAGAAAUUGAGACGCACUUGAUAGAGAAGCAAUAUUGCAGGGUAAGCGUCUGUGGAAGGUUCAUUCCAGCAGAUGUAGCGAUAAAAAUAAGGAAGAAGAUGAAGCGUAGGGUCGAGAUUCUGGACAUUCAAGAAUACAGCAAUAUGGAAUGACAUACAGAACAAAUGCAAGUCCAAAUCCCAGGCCAUGUCCUAACACAGCAUGCAUAGAAUUUUCUGAACUUAUAAUUCCAUUAAACAAAAUUGUGCACAUAUUCCAAGACAGAAUGACAGAAAGAGACACUGACUGAUCCAUUAGUUUCCAAAAUAUAGUUGUAAAUACGUAUAAUUAAUAGAUGAUUCCUGAAUUCUCUGUGCAGCUGCAGUUCAUA